CCGGCCCGCCCUCCGUCCCGGCAGCAGCCGCGGCCGCAGCGAUGGCGUCGGGGUGUCGGAUCGGUCCCUCCAUCCUCAACAGCGACCUGGCGGCGCUGGGCGCCGAGUGCAGCCGCAUGCUGGACUGCGGGGCCGACUACCUGCACCUGGAUGUAAUGGACGGACACUUCGUCCCGAACAUCACCUUCGGCCACCCCGUCGUGGAAAGCCUGCGCAAGCGGCUGGGCCAGGAGCCCUUCUUCGACAUGCACAUGAUGGUGGCCGCGCCAGAGCAGUGGGUGAAGCCCAUGGCAGUGGCUGGUGCAAACCAGUACACCUUCCAUCUAGAAGCGACCGACAAUCCCGGGGCACUGAUAAAGGACAUUCGGGAGAAUGGCAUGAAGGUUGGCUUGGCCAUCAAGCCUGGCACUACGGUUGAACACUUGGCACCUUGGGCCAAUCAGAUAGACAUGGCUUUGGUGAUGACAGUAGAACCUGGGUUUGGAGGACAGAAAUUUAUGGAAGACAUGAUGCCAAAGGUUCAGUGGCUCAGGACACAGUUUCCCUCCUUGGAUAUAGAAGUGGAUGGAGGAGUGGGGCCUGACACCAUCCAUAAGUGUGCAGAGGCAGGAGCCAACAUGAUUGUGUCUGGCAGUGCCAUCAUGAAGAGCGCAGACCCCAGGUCUGUGAUCAACCUGCUCAGGAACGUGUGCUCAGAGGCAGCCCAGAAGCGCAGCCUGGACCGAUGAGACCUCCCCAGGCUGUUCCAGAAGCUCUGGCCGUGCAGGAGAGCCCUUUUCUCGUGCACAAGCAGGGGCUGGAUGGACACCAACUGCAGAAACUUCUUGCUGCUGAACAGAGGAAGCAUUCCUUCACUGCAGUGAAGCAAGCAGCAGUGGGAAACGUUCUGGCUGUCUUUCAGGGUUGGAAAUGGAAUGGUUUGAACCUGUCUCUUGAUUUUGUGGAGGCUAAUUUUGUGGCACAACCUCUAAUGCUGGCUGGUUUGAACUUCAGUCAGUUUGUUGCUUGCUAGAAGAGUGUAGCAUCACCACAAGAAUCUUUCUUGUGGAAGACUCUUAAUCAAACUGCCUUCUGCUGUCUGUAUUUUGUCAUUUGAUCUGUGCAUUCCUACAAAACUUUUUCCACUACUGCAUUAAACACCCCUUCCUUGAUGUGUUAAGUUCUUGAA